CGAGGCAGCGGAGGAGGAGACAGCAGAAGUUGAAGUUACACAGGAGGGUUAGUUUUAGGGGGUUUGAUAAUUUUUUGGUUACUGAAUUGGGAAAUUUGUUUCUAAUUGAUGGCGGAGGAAGCCAUUACUGUCAUAGAGGUGGUCGAUUUGGAUGUUCUACUGACUACUCUUGCAAAUGAUCAACCACCUGUUGCUCAAAAAAUUGUACGUCUGCUCUUACCAUCAUACUUCCCAGCAAAGGUCAAAAUAGAAGAGGCAUGCACUCGCACUAUCACACUAAUUGAAAGGUCUCCUCUGGCUGGUGCAAGAUUUUGUGAAUUUCUUUCGUCAGAAGGAGCAUCUUCAAAGUCUCUAACAGAACUAGUCAGAGUUCUUACUGAUAUAAUCCUUGCAUCUGAUAGACUUGAUGCAGAUCAUAUCAAGGGAAUAUUUAUUGCAUUAGACCAUCUUUGCAGGAAUCUAGCAAAUGAGUCAUUUCGUAGAGACCCACUCAAGGACUUAUUUUCAGGUGAAAAACUCAAGGGUUUGUUGGCUGCUGCAGUGUUUGGGAAUGCUCAAUCGUCUUUGUUUGAUAUUAUUUCUAUUGUCUCUCCGGUUGCUGAAACGGGACUACCCGAAAAAUGCUUAGCUGCAGUCUCAAAUUGUCACAGUUUGUCUGAUAAUGAAGAAAAGCAAGCUGAAGUGCGGUCUGCACACAAACUGGUUAUAUCCUACAAAUGGUUUGACCAUAUGUUCGAGGCCAUGUCAAGGCUCCUGCAAGACACUGCUAUCAAGUGUAAUGAAUACUCCAGCAUUGAAAUACCCAGGGACAUAACACCGUCUGCAAAGAGGAAGAAAAGCAAACUCUCUAGAGAAACAGGACAAGGCAAACAUGUCAAUAGAAAAGGACCAUCAGAAUUCAAGAAUAGUUACCGAAAUUCUGUAGGAAUAGCAUGGCAAAUAAAAGAUCUAUUGGCUUCAGAGAUUAGCCGAAAAGCGAUGUUCAAAUCCAAGCACUUAAAAGUGGUGAUUGUUUCCUUAAAGGUCAUAUCUCAAAUAAGUGUGGGACAUAGUAUGUGUUAUGAUUUUAUGGACCCAUUGUUGGUGGAUGCUUUAUAUGGCUCUUUCUCUGCACAUGACUGUUCAACACAUUAGUAUCUUAUGUCGAUGACCAAAAUAACAGGGAAAAUGCUCCUUUGCUGAAGGUAUAUGGUUGGUAUCUUAUGUACCAGUAGGGUUAAAAUGCUCUUGAACAGUAAUAUGUUGAAGGUCAUUAUAACCAAUUUGGCUUUUGCUGUUAUUGAAAGAGGUCUUUUCUCUUGAAUAUUGUUAUUAAGUCAAAUUUUGGGUUAAAAUGCAUCAAUUAUUAUUUCCUC